AGUUGGUGGCGCCAUAAACCUUAAAGAUAGUUUGCCAAAACCGAAUAAGCACAACAGGAGAAGAAGCAUUUCCUGUAGCGUAACUACCUCAGUGUAUACACGUGUGUAGGUGUCAAAAAAGCGUUUAUCCGUUAGCAGCUAUUCACAUGACACUGAAUUGGUCUGUCUAUCUUUUCUUUCGCAAUAAUGGCUGAUGCAUUCAGCAGCAGCUCGGAAACGGUUAUCCAGCGUGUGAUAGGCGUGACAGUGAAGACAAGCACCCCUCUGGAAAAACUUGAAGUGUUAUAUCAAAUUAAGAAGACCUGCAGCUUCAUCAGUGAGCGUCACUUUAAAAAGGUUGCUCUGCAGUUUCCUGAUGACCUGCUGGUGGAUUCAGUUGCAGUGGCAGAGGAGAUCGAGAGAAACUGUGAUGCCAAGCUGUUCAUUUUAGGAGAUACUUCUUAUGGCAGCUGCUGUGUGGAUGAGGUAGCUGCAGAACAUGUUGGAGCUGACUGCAUUAUCCACUAUGGCAGUGCUUGCCUCAGCCCAUCUAAAAGACUGCCCUUGAUGUACGUCUUUGAGAGAAAACCACUGGACCUUGAGAAGUGCACAUCUGCCUUCAGAGAACUCUACCCUGACACACAGAGUCACAUCAUAAUCCUCUAUGAUGUCAACUAUGCUCACGCAAUAAAUGAUCUUCAGACGAUCCUCUCGCCAGAGUAUCCACACCUUGUCAUGUCAGAACUCGUUGUCGAAGGGGAGCAGUGUCACAUUCAUGGCUGGAUUAAAAGACGAAAGGAGGAAGCCUGUCCGUCAGAUCGAGACAACAACCAGGAUAUUUGUCAGUUUGGAAGACAGUUCACCUUGAAAAGUGGUUUAAGCAUAACGGAUUACAGUAUGUUCUACAUAGGCCAAGAGGGAGCGACCCUUCGAAACUUUAUGAUGACUUGGAAUCGCUCCUCAUUUUGUUCUUUUGACCCCGUAUCAAUGUUGGGGAGGACUGAGUCAGUAAGUAUUAACCGUGCACUGAUGAAGCGAUAUUACGCUAUAGAAAGAGCCAAAGAUGCCAAUGUGGUGGGCAUCCUGGUUGGCACACUCGGGGUUGCUGACUACCUUGCAGUAAUCCAGCAGUUGAAGGAGACCAUCCGCAGAGCUGGCAAGAGGAGUUAUAUGUUUGCCAUGGGGAAACUGAAUGUACCCAAACUAGCAAACUUUCUUGAAAUUGACAUUUUUGUCCUAAUUGCAUGUCCUGAGAACUCACUGCUGGACUCGGGUGAGUUCUAUAAACCUGUAGUAACACCAUUUGAGAUGGAGGUGGCCUGCAACAAGAAGAGGGAGUGGUCAGAGGAAUAUGUCACAGACUUUCGACAUCUCCUGCCAGGUGGAUGUAGUUAUGUGCCACUGCCUGACCAGGAGGAUGAGGACGAGGACACUGACGUGUCCUUAAUCACAGGAGCUCUGCGAAGCCACAAUCUGUUGAUCAGUGAGCCAGUAGAGUCCUCAUGUGGCUCCUCUGUGGUCCUCAGGAACCAGACGCUGACUGUAGCCAACACUAACUCAGCUGCAUCUUUCCUGGCAGAACGAAGCUGGCGUGGCUUAGAGCAGAAGUUGGGAGAGACACCUGUGGUCAAGGCAGGAAAGGGCAGGAAAGGCAUCGCUAUUGCUUAUGAAGAGGAAGGAACAGCUUCACAAUAAUUUACCAGCAAUUCACAAAAAACUCCCAACAGAAUAUUUCAUCAUAUCUGCCUGCAAUUACAGGUAUUUUAUCUCUUGUAAUUGCUUGAAACUGUAAGUAGUAAUAAAUAUCACUAGUUUUACACAUUACUCCUUGAAUCUUUACAGACUUUACAAUUCCUCACACUGGUCCAAAUGUAUUGUCAACAUGUUAAUAAAGGGGGUUUAAAGAUUA